UAGGUAAAAGAGAUCUUUAAAUUGUCCAUUGGUUGAUCUCCCGCUGGAAAUUAUUGCACCGAAUGCCGAGAUUCUUGGAGCAUACGCAGUGGCCACCUCGUUUCACUCACACUUCAAUGCAAAUUCGCUGGUGCAGGCGCCUACAGAUCAUCAAAUAGACAGACUUUAAUCCAAAACGAUCCUCACAAGGAUCGAGCUUUCAACAACACUUUGGAACUGUAAGGAACUACCAACAAAAUGAGUUUCAGUUCGGCCAGCGGCAGGGAGAACAAUGUUCGCAAAUUGUCCUUCCUGGGCUUCAAUACAAAGAAAAAGUCCGGCAAUGAGGAUCCCGAUGAAGUGCUGUUGGACUUGGAAAUGGACAAGGUCUUUGCCGGCUCAAGUGCACGCAAAGAGAAGUUCGAUGUGAACACCUUCCAGGACAACAGCCAACUGCCCAUUGGUUCCCGCAAAAAGAGCAGUGUACGCCCCAAUGAUCUUAACAUAGAGGAGGACUCGGAAUACGAGAGUCAAACGGAACCAUUAAAUAAUGCACAAAACUAUGAUGAUAUACCCGAAGAUUUCCCAUUAGUCUCGGAACGAGCUGGACACGGCGAUCACUCGGACAAUUCCGCUGAUGAGAAGCACGUGCAAUUUGGUGAUGCAAAGAAGAAAAUUGUCAUCACACCGCCCAAUCUGAGCUAUGAUGAACAGCCCACGGAUCAAUCGCACGAACGUAAACGCAGAAAAAGCCGCCAUCAGUAUUAUAGACAACGUAAAUUCUCACAUCAGGACAGCGUGGAACCCAAAAAGACAAUCGAGGAGAACGGUGAUGCAGGUGCGCGUAGGAUCUCUGUGCAGCCUGAGGACACGGCAUUGGAGGAAGCUGAUCUUAAUGAGCUGAGAUCACAUCGUUCGGAUGAUCCUCGCGCUAUGCGACGCCAUAAGAUACAUCAUUCAUCCAUCAAAUUGCGUGAGUUGCCACAGAUAACGAUUUCACCGUUCCAGAACAAGAAACCAGAGGUCGAUCACAGUCCACAUGAGAUAUUUGUACAACUGGAUGAGCUCAUCGGCGUGGGCGAGGAUCGGGAGUGGAAGGAAACAGCGCGUUGGAUCAAAUAUGAGGAGGAUGUGGAGGAGGGCUCCGAUCGCUGGGGCAAACCGCAUGUUGCCUCUCUCUCAUUCCACUCGCUGCUCAAUUUGCGUCGCUGCCUGGAAACGGGCGUUGUCCUUCUGGACCUUAACGAGAAGGAUCUGCCCGCCGUUGCCUAUCGCGUUGUUGAGCAGAUGGUUGUCGAUGAUCUUAUCGAUAUCAAUGAUAAGCCUUCGGUCAUGCGAUCGCUGCUCUUGCGCCAUCGUCACGUGAAUGAGCAUCAAGGUGUUCUCCCCUUCACCAAGCGCAAAUACAACAGUUACACUAGCCUGCAGCUACUUUGGAUGGGCGCGGAGGCGUCACAGCAGCUACAACAACAGCAGCAACAACAACUACAACGAAAUCUAGCAAAGACAAGACGCAGCAUCUGUGUCACCUCCAGUGCGCCGCCGGCAGCGAUGCUCAAUGUGGGGGCCAUAGAUCAUCGACGACACUCGACGACCUCGUAUCUGGGUAACCUCUCGGGCACCACGGAUGACAAGAAGAUCAAGAUAUUGCCGGCCAACGAGAUUGGCGGCAGCAAGCGGAGCAACGAGCUGAAGAUCGACAUGAAGGAUGACAUGUACUCCUCCUCGCAGGAGGAUCUCAAGAAGCUGCAGAAUGAUACCAUACUCAAGCGCAUACCCGCGGGCGCUGAAGCCACCACAGUUUUGGUGGGUGCCGUUGAGUUCCUGGAACAACCCACCAUUGCCUUUGUGCGUCUCUCGGAAGGCGUCAUGAUGCCCUCGCUGACAGAGGUGCCAGUUCCUGUGCGCUUCAUGUUCGUGCUUCUGGGACCACUGAACUUCGAUCUGGACUACCAUGAGGUGGGUCGAUCCAUCUCCACGCUGAUGGCCAACGAGCACUUCCAUGCCAUUGCCUAUAAAGCAGACGAUCGUCGAGAUCUAUUGUCGGCCAUCAAUGAGUUCUUGGACGAUUCGAUUGUGCUGCCACCUGGCAACUGGGAUCGUCACGAUCUGUUGCCCUUCGAUGAGCUGAAGGCCAAGAAAGACUGGAUUCGCACGCGGAAGAUUAAAGCGUUGCAGGUGAAGCGGGACAGCGAGAUGAUCAAGAUCGGCAGAGAUGAGGAGAAGCUGCUGCUGGAUAAGCAGGCACUGGGUGCCAUUGCCGGACCAGGAGGACCUGGUGGUGAUGGCGAUGACGAUGAUGGUGGGGAUGGCAAAAAGAAGAAACCGAAUCCCAUGGACAAGACACAUCGACUGUGGGGCGGUCUCUGCAACGACCUCAAGCGUCGCAUGCCCAUGUACAAGAGCGACAUCCUCGAUGGUCUCAACACGGAGACACUGGCGGCCACCAUCUUCAUGUACUUCGCCUGCCUCUCGACGGCCAUCACUUUUGGCGGCUUGGCCUCGGCCAAGACGGACAGCUGGAUUGGCAUUUCGGAGACUCUCAUUGCCUGCUCGCUGGUGGGCGUUAUAUUCCACUGUCUCUCCUGCCAGCCACUGGUCAUCAUUGGCACCACUGGACCGCUCUUGCUCUUCGACGAGGCACUGAUGCGUUUCUGCACGGAGAACAAGUUUGAUUUCCUUUCGUUGCGGGUUUAUGUUGGAAUCUGGCUGAUCAUCAUCGCGCUCUGUGUCUCGGCAUUUGAGGGCAGUGUCUAUGUGCGUCUGCUCACCCGCUUCACGCAGGAGAUCUUCUCGGCCUUGAUCACAUUGAUCUACAUUGUGGAGACCAUGAUGAAGCUGGUGUCCAUCUACCAACUCAAUCCUCUGCUCGCCGACUACAAUCUGCCUCCUCCCACUCUGAUGGAGCAUGACAAUGCCACAAGCUUCAAUGUGAGUGUGAGUCUGUUGAAUGGAACGACCACCAUGGCUCCUCCUCCAUCCUCCGCCUCGAAGUUGCCCAGCAAUCAGCCAAACACGGCCCUCUUUUGUACCAUACUCACAUUGGCCACCUUUGUGGUCGCCUAUUACCUGAAACUGUUCCGCAAUUCGCACUUUUUGGGCCGCAAUGCGAGGAGAGCACUUGGUGACUUUGGCGUGCCCAUCUCCAUUGCCAUCUUUGUGCUCGUGGAUUACCUGGUGCCUUCAGUCUACACCGAGAAGUUGGUGGUGCCCGAGGGUCUCUCGCCCAGCGAUCCCACGAAACGUGGCUGGUUCAUCGGCUUCAACACGAGCUUCGAUACUUGGGUGCCUUUUGCGUGUGUGGUGCCAGCUCUACUUGUCUAUAUCCUCAUCUUUAUGGAGUCACAGAUAUCCGAGCUGAUCGUGGACAAGCCAGAGCGUGGCUUGAAGAAGGGUUCCGGCCUCCAUUGGGACAUUGUGCUGCUCUGCCUGCUGAACACCUUCUGUGGACUCUUUGGCAUGCCUUGGCAUUGUGCUGCCACCGUGAGAUCGGUUACCCAUGUCUCCUCAGUCACAAUUAUGUCACGCACACAUGCUCCUGGUGAAUCCCCGCGUAUUAUCGAUGUGAAGGAACAGCGAUUGUCCGGCUUCUUUGUCUGUGUGAUGAUUGGAUUGUCGGUGCUAAUGGCGCCUCUUCUGCGUCUCAUCCCAAUGGCCGUGCUCUUUGGCGUCUUUCUCUACAUGGGCAUCGCUUCGAUGAGUGGCGUUCAGUUCUUUGAACGUGUAAGACUGUAUUUCAUGCCCGUCAAGCAUUAUCCCCCAACGAACUAUGUGAAGCGUGUGCGUCCCUGGAAACUACAUUUGUUUACCACCAUCCAAGUGCUUUGCCUGGUGGUUCUAUGGACCGUCAAGUCAUCCAAGUUCUCGCUGGCCUUCCCCUUCUUCCUUAUCCUAAUGGUGCCCAUCAGACAGCAAUUGAACUCACUCUACAAGCCCGAAGAACUGCAGGCGUUGGACGGCAGCGAGGUGAGGAAUGCUGAAUCUGAACCCGAUUUCUAUGAGCAGACCAACAUACCAGCCUAGUGACUUAAUAAGCAGCACAGUUAAAAACAUGACCUCGCCCCGAGGGGGCACAGGUCUUAGGCCAAAUGCAUAAAACUAACUUAAUUAGUCCUAACUUUAAAUUAGUUAAUACAAGUAUUAAAGCCCAAAAUCAACCCACGAAACAAACAAGAAACAAAAUGAUAUCAAAAGUAACAAAAGAAACAAGUUCUGGUGAUCGGAUGAACGAACUACCUGCAUUAGUAUUUAGUACAUGGAAAGAGAAAGAGAGAGGAGAAGAAAAGAUACUUACACACCUGAAGAAUUGAAACCUAUAGAUUGUAAAGAAGAUUGAGAGAGUCGACAAAACAAAGCGAAACAUUGUACCUAAAGUGAGACAUGACAUUGUAGGGCAAAAGUAGCUAAUUAUGUAUUUUUCAAGAUCAAAACACGAGAUCAACAAACUAAACAGAAUUACCCGAUUGAUCAGGCAAACAAGGACCUUCAUUUCUGCCUUAAGACAACAUGUUUGCUUAGCGAAAAUAUUUAGAAAAGAAACAGAAAAUGACAUAUACGAGUAUUUAUUUGAUUUCCUCGUUAUUUAGUUUUCUCGUUUCUUCGUUCGUGCGUAUUAUUAGCAAUAAAACAUUUUGCAUAUUAUAUAUAUAUUAUUAAUAUAUAUUAUAUUAUUAUCAAAAUAAUACUUACUCUCGGUUUAGUCUCAUCGAAAGAGCAAUGAACAUGAUAAAGCAUUCUUAAAGGAAAUGAUGAAGAAACUAUUAACUAUUCAUUAACUAAAUAGCUUCAACUGGCGUAGUGAUAAUUAGUGUCAAACACACACAAACUAAACUCCCAAAUCCCCCUCUCCCCCCCAACAUAUAUUUAAAAGAAGUAAUAUUAUUAUUAUAGUAAUGAUAACUGAAUGAAAAGUGAAAAUUGUUUGCGUACCUCCCGUUUAGCGCACACUUUUAAAGUGAUUGCUCCGUUGUGACGUACUGCUGUAAGUUUGCCUUCUUAUUGGGAAUAUUACCUAUUGUAUAGUCGUAAUUCGUUCCAAUAAUACAAAUACACAUACACUUGUAUGUGCGGAUAUAUGUGUAUCCGUUCGAAGCGACCUAAACCUAUUUUUAUGUAACUUGCAUGUACAUGUAUCGUACGAUACUUACUCUUAAGUAGUUGUUGUCUAGUUUGUUUUAUUCAAAUUCAAAUAAAAUAUGCAAUUAUAUUAAAUUUCAA